CCCUGCCUCCACGUGAGCACAAAUGAUCAAUCACAUUUGGUUAAUUACAUGUAAGGGGCUGCAGGAGGCACCGAGCAUGCGCAGAACUCCCCGCAUAUUAACAUUAAUGUUAAGUUUGACAAAUAUUUGUAUGUGAGAUGUUUCCUGGCAGCAGCAGCCGGAGGGGCCAGCUGGAUUCCCGUAAACGGGGGGAUAGAGCAGGGAGCGAGGGGGAGACGGCAGGGGGAGGGAGCGCGCUGGAACCACGUGGCCGGAAGUAGCCAGGCCGAGCGAGAAGCAAGAUGUCUGCGCCCGAGAUGCGCACGCUUGCCGAAGAAGAGGAGGCGAUGGACGCGGCGGGCAGCGACGAGGACGGAGGAGAGGAGAUGGAGGGGGAAGAGGAGGUCGACAGGAGGGUGUACGUGCCCGGCAUGGAGCCGCUGCAGCCCGGCGAGGAGCUGGAGAUGGACCGGUCCGCGUACCGCAUGUACCACGAGUGUCAGACAGGUGCUCCGUGUCUGAGCUUCGACGUCCUGACAGAUGCAGACGGGUCCGGCAGGGAACAGUUCCCUCUGUCCAUGCUGCUGGUGGCAGGAACCCAGGCGGACACGGCUCUGAAGAACAGACUCCUGGUCAUGCGGAUGCACAACCUCCACGGAACGGAGAAAGACAAGGAGGAGGACGAGAGCAGCGACGAGGAGAGCGACGAAGACGAGGAGGAUGCAGAUAAGAAGCCCCAGAUGGAGCUGGCCAUGACGCCUCACUACGGCGGCAUCAACCGAGUCCGAGUGACGCAGUGCGGAGAGCGGUCGCUGGCGGCCGUGUGGUCAGAGAAGGGACAGGUGGAGGUAUUCGACCUCCGGGUGCAGCUGGAGGCCGUCCACAGCUCUGCUGCCAUGGCGGCUUUCGUCAGUGAGCAGAAAGAAGCCACGCCGUUGUUCAGCUUCUCAGGACACAUGACGGAAGGAUUCGCCAUCGACUGGUCGCCUAAAGUGCCUGGGCGUCUGGUCAGCGGUGACUGCAAGAAGAACAUCCAUGUGUGGGAGCCCAGAGAAGGAGGCACGUCCUGGCAGAUCGACCAGAGGCCCUUCAGCUCCCACAGCAAGUCGGUGGAGGAUCUGCAGUGGUCGCCCACGGAGGCCACGGUUUUUGCAUCGUGUUCGGUGGACCAGUCGAUCCGUAUCUGGGACAUCCGCGCCCCGCCGAACUCCAUGCUCUCCGCCGACGAAGCCCACUCGUCCGACAUCAACGUGAUCAGCUGGAACCGGACCGAACCAUUCCUGCUGUCGGGGGGGGACGACGGGAUCCUCAAAGUGUGGGACCUGCGACAGUUUAAGGGCGGCCGCCCCGUGGCCAACUUCAAGCAGCACAGCGCCCCCAUCACGUCGGUGGAGUGGAACCCGGUGGACUCGAGCGUGUUCGCUGCCUCGGGGGCGGACGAUGUGGUCAGCCAAUGGGAUCUGUCCGUGGAGUCGUGUGACGUGGGCGCCCGGGUGGAGGGCGUGAAGGACCUGCCCCCCCAGCUGCUCUUCCUGCACCAGGGUCAGUCGGAGAUCAAGGAGAUCCACUGGCACCCGCAGAUCCCCGGCGUCAUGGUGUCCACGGCGCUGUCGGGCUUCAACGUGUUCAGAACCAUCUCCGUGUAGAGCGAGCGUUGCAGCACAUGUUUAGUGAGCGGCUUGUAAUAAUGUACAGAACUUUGCUAUGUAAGUAAUAAUCCCUGUUUUGGACGUUUAUUUGCCGGCGUGGGCGCCACAUGUUGUUCCUAUUGAACCCUGUGUGUUUUACAGAUGUGUGAACUAUUUUAGGCAUUUCCUGUUGUAUGCUUAAAAUAAAAUGUUUAAAAUUACA